AUAUAUUUCAUAUAGGAAGUAUGAAAUAUAUUUAAGACCGAUCACAUCAAAGGGGCAAAGAAGAAAGGGCAGUGUGUCGAAGAACAAUGAACAUGAUUUCAUCAAUUGGUUACGAAAGGAGGUAUUUUUCUAAUUAUUCAUUUAAUUGAUAUAUUUGUUCAUAUAUAGUUAUUAUUUUUUUCUUAUUUGCAGUUGGAGUUUGUUGAGGGCGAGUUGACAUUGAAACGAUUAGUAGAUGGCCCUACGUUUAAGGCAAAAUGCUAUAACAAGUAUCGCGUGAAUGGUUUUAUAUUCUCUCCAAGUGAAUACGAGACUACUAAGUCAACACAAAAUAGUGGGGUGUCCAUGAAAGCCAUCACUAAAUAUAUGGCAAGUGUUAAAGGUAAGAAUUACAAAGAAGAUGAGGCUACCUAUUAUGGAGUAGUAAAACAGAUAAUCGAGUUGGAUUACACUGUCUUCCGUCAAACGGUAUUUUAUUGUGAUUGGGUCAGAGUGGAAGACAAGACCAAUGGAUGUAUUGUUGAUCCUAAGUCAAAUUUGGUAAUGGUAAAUAUGGAGAAAUUGAAAGGACAUGAGAAAGAAGGAGAUGAACCAUUCAUACUUGCAUCCCAAGCAAGUCAAGUAUUCUACUCCAAGGAUCAAACAAGGCCUGGAUGGUAUGUUGUUUUAAUGUCACCAAAAAGAUUGACGAAAGACGUGGACACACUUGAAGAUCUGACUCUGUUUUGCUCUUCUGGGGGCAAGAAUACAAAUUUAGAAAAUAUUAUAAAGGAAAUUGGCUAUGAGUUAUAGGUGAGCUACGACAUGUCAAUAGUCGAGGAGAACAUGUCAACUUCACAAGCACAUGCAUCAAAAAAUGCAGGAACUUCAUCGUCGUCAAAAAAUAAGCCUGUAAUCAGCUUAAAUGCAUUUGGACUACCUGUGGGUGAACACUCACAUAGGUUGACUACAAGAAGUAGAGAGUUGGUUCGCACCCAUGUCUCUAUUGCCAUCAAGGAUUGGCGUGCAGUGCCAAUGAGUAAGAAAGAAGAACUUUGGAAGCUCUUGCAGGACGAGUUUGUUAUUCCUCAGUCUUACAAGGAGAAAUGCUUUAAAAGCAUGUCCGAUAUGUUCAGGAAGUACAAGUGUAAAUUGAGGAUGAAGUACCUUGAUCCUCAUUCAAAUCUUGAUCCAAAUUAAACAACCGUCCACCAAGAGUUAGGCCUGAAGAUUGGGAAAUGUUCAUUGAACAUAAUUCGGAUCACAGAAUUGUAGAACAAAGGAAAAAAAAAAUGCCGAGAAUAGGAAAAUUUUAAAAAUUUACCAUACGAGUGGCAGGCAUGGCCACGCGAGAAUCGAGGAAGAAAUGCAACGCCAAAAGAAAGAUGGAGACACCCUGAUUAGUAGGACUGAAGUAUGGAUUAAAACCCAUACAAGAAAGGAUGGUUCUGUUCACAGUAAUGCGGCUUCACAUGUGGAAAAAGUCAAAGAAUUACUUGCUAGCGAAGGAAGUAAUUCCCACGACAUCCUCAACGAUCCAUUGACUCAAGUGUUUGGUCCUGAUACAAGGGGUCGUGUUCGAGGUGUUGGGACCACCGUUUCCCAAUCACAAAUCAGGGGGUCCGCUGCAGCUCUUGAAAAGAUCUCUUCGUAUAAAGGAAAAGUAGAAGAGCAAUCAUCUACAAUUCAAGAGCAAUCGUUCAAAAUUCAAGAGCUAUCUUCUAAAAUAGAUUUUCUUACGGACCAAAUUGGGGGUAUCAAAGAGAUGAUUCAGCAGCAACACAUGGAUUCGAUUCAACCGGAGAAUCCACAAUCGACUGGUGGACCCUCAGUUGGGAAUCAUCAAUGUGUAGAGAGAAUGCGGCCAUGCAAGUUGUACUCUUGGCGUAAAGAGCUCGUUGCUCAAGGGCGAGUUAUUUUGGCAGAUGGGCCUCAAAUGAUUCAUGGCAAACCUCUUCAAAAAGAUCUUUACAAGGUUGCCAUUGAUGUCAUUAUCAAAGGAGACGUCGAAUUGCCCGAGCCAGACGGAUAUCAUUCAACUUUAGGCGAAGUUGGAAUUGGCUCAUUUGUUGCAUGGCAUCAUUGCUUUACUGAGUUCACUGAUUAGCAACAAUUGUUUAAUACUUUUUUGGAC